CCUCCUCAGCCUCACUCUCUUGCAUUUCGAAAUUGCGAAGAAAGAGAAAGGAGAGAGAGGAAAAGAAAGAAUUUCCAUCCAUCAUGCUUCCCUCCAUCGUCCGCGUGUUCGUUCCGACUUUGUUUGUGUUAUCGGUAGCCGCUUCUCGCCAUCGUCUUAAAAACAACGAGAGCAAGGAAUCGGAUAAUUCGCAGCGUCCUGACACGGAGACUCCAAACUUGUUGCCUUCUGUCAUUGAGCCACAGAUUCCCGUCUUCUUCCCAGAUGGACGAGCAAGCCAGCUGGACACCAUCACCCUGGAGGGCUUCUCUAUCCCGGUGGUGACCCCGAUCGGCCCCGUCCCGACCUUGCCUGGCAACGUGUCCCGUGACCUUUGGGCAGAGGUCGACGGCUUCUGGGAAAGGUCGGACGACAGCCUCCCUCAAGUUUAUCCUCUGAUGUGCGGCCAAUACGACCUCAAGGCAGGGGAGGAGGUCACACUCCAGAGCCCCUACUUUCCUAGCCAAUACACUGCGUUCAGUUGCAGCUGGAUCUUCAAGUCCUCCUCUGGAGAAGGAUUCAUGCUGAACUGCCCAGAAUUCAUGCUUGGGAGAGGAGACAGGUUAACCACCGUCACACUUAACAAGAAGAAAUCCUAUAAAAAGUACGUGUGGGGGAAGGGACCGACUAACCAGAUGCUGGCAGGACCCGCUGUCAAGAUGGUCUUCAGAGCCAACAGGUGGAGGAAUGCCAGGGGAUUCUCGUGCUCCCUCAAGGACCUCGGUGCAGCUACAACUACUACAGCAACGACGAGAACUACAACUGCAUUAACAACAACUCCAGAAGCCGAGGCUCAGACUAAAACCACCACACGCGCCUCUGCAACAACCACUACCACCACAGCCGCUCCUACAACAAAAAACACAGCGGCCCCUAACAAAGCCACCACAGUUGCACCAACCACCACAGCUGCACCCACUACAACCACCACAGCGCAGCCAACGACUUCACUCCCACCCCUCUCGUCUUCCGAAUGUGGCCUCGUGAACAGAGCCUCGUCUCGCAUCGUGAAUGGGUUCAUCGCAGACGUCCACGAGUACCCGUGGCAGACUUACCUGGAGAUGCGCUGGUCCGACGGUCAGAAUCAGCUGUGUGGAGGCAGCCUUAUAUCCCAGGAGUGGGUCCUCACCGCUGCCCACUGUGUCCUCAGGAAGAAGGACAACGAGCUCUGGCUGCCCACAGUGUCGGUCACCCUCGCCAUGCACAGGAGGUCGGCGCCCCUGGCAGACGGUGGACGAAAGGUCACGGCCGCUGAGGUCAAGAUUUAUCCGGAAAAUAACUUUUCUCAUGACCUCGCUCUUAUCAAACUUCCGGAACCGGUGGAAUACACAGAGAAAGUGCGCCCAGUAUGUCUCCCGAACAGAGCCAUGCACGGGAGAAACGUCACGGGGGUUAGCAUGGCUCUGAUAGGGUGGGGCAAGACGCAGACGGGGAGUUUAUCAGAUCAGUUGCGCGAACUCGGAAGGCUGGGUAUCGAAUCUUCGGUGUGCCAAAAGGUGUUUGGAUCUUACAUAACCGACCACCACUUCUGCACCACCGGAACGGACGUCAAACACAUUUGCUUGGGUGACUCGGGGGGACCUGUGAUGACAGUGGAAAGGUCAAGGUUCUUCCUCACCGGCGUCAUCAGCUUCGUAGCCACCAAGAACUGCGACGGCGAGUACCCGGAUGGACACACCUCCGUCUCCCACUUCCUAGACUGGAUCCAAGAAACCACGGGGCAAACCAUCUACUAGCAGACGAGGGAGGCUAUGCAGAUGGGAAAGAAAGAGAGAAACAGAAAAAAAAAAGAAAAAUAGAAAGGGAAGAAAAAGGCACACACGAACGAGCAGAAAUACACAGAUACGCAAGAAAGAUGAGAAAGAAAGAGAGAAAUAGAAAAAUAAAAGAAAAAUAGAGAGGGAAGAAAAAGCCACACACGAACGAGCAGAAAUACAUAGAUACGCAUACAUACACACACUCAGACACAAAUAAACACACAGGCUCCUGUACUGUAGUCAUCACCAUCUCAUCUGUCUUGAUCUUAUGGUAAUUUAAGUGGAAUGACAACUAUCUAGAUACAGAUUUGCAUAGUUUUAUAGAUUGUUUGCUAUUGCUUUUACAUUUUUGUCAUACAUGGGUAAUUAUAAAAGUACAGUACAAAUGAUAUAGACUCUAUGCACUAAAUACUGUUAUAUAUACACGAUGAUUUAACUAAUUAACAAAUAUUCUGUAGCGCCAACUCUACAAGUGUGGCAAUUAUGCUAGUCUCAUCAGUAGUGAACCAGUAAAUAAUAAUCUAUCAAUAACGGGUACCUUUAUUAGUCAAUAAAUAAUCCUACUAAUAGUUUCCAAGACAUAUAUUAUAAAAGUAACGUUUAAAAAGGGUUCCUUCGAAUCCAACAUUUCCAAAUCAUAAAUACCGUGCUGUGCCAUUCUCCUUCGGUAAACAACUCCUAAGCAAAUGUCAGAGCACGUUCUCUGACAUCCUGUUUGAGAGCAUGCUUU